CAACCGUCCCACCGGUUCAAGUGGCCGCUUGCCCAAUUAGACACUCGCGGGGGGCUCGGCUGUAGCCAAUGUCCGCCGGCCACAGGGCUGCCGACAAUCAGGAUAAACACGCGAGGGGAGCAUCAUCAUCAUCCUCAUCCUCAUUGCGCACUCACAUCGCGCUUUUUGUCCCAUUGUCUGAGACGACAGACACGCGCACGCACCAGCAUAAGACAAAAUGGGGAAGGAUCCAAAGAAGCCAAGGGGCAAAAUGUCCUCUUAUGCCUACUUUGUGCAAACGUGCCGAGAGGAGCACAAGAAGAAGCACCCUGAGGCAAGCGUCAACUUUGCCGAGUUCUCCAAGAAAUGCUCUGAGCGAUGGAAGACCAUGUCCCCGAAAGAGAAAGGCAAAUUUGAGGACAUGGCUAAGAUGGACAAGGUGCGCUAUGAGGCCGAGAUGAAGAACUACAUCCCCCCCAAGGGACAGAAGAUGAAGCGCUUCAAGGACCCCAAUGCCCCCAAGAGACCGCCGUCGGCCUUCUUCCUGUUCUGCGCCGACCUCCGCCCGAAGGUGAAAGGCGAGCACCCGGGCCUGUCCAUCGGCGACACGGCCAAGAAGCUGGGAGAGAUGUGGAACGGCUUGUCCACGGAGGAAAAGCAGCCCUACGAGAAGAAGGGGGCCAAGCUGAAGGAGAAGUACGACAAGGAUAUCGUGGCCUAUCGCACAAAGGGCAAAGUGGCGCCCGUGGCGGUGGCGGCGGCAGCAGCGGCGAUGGACGAUGACGACGAGGAAGACGAGGAAGAGGAGGGAGAUGACGAUGAAGACGAGGAGGAGGACGAUGAGUAGGCGAGGGAGGGGUGAGGGACCUGAAUUUUUGUCGAUGCCAUAUAACCAACCACAAUGUAUUCAAGCCACCAUGUUGACGUUCAGAUGGAACAUGUGAAUAUUUAAUGUUUUUAAGAUGUACUGUACAGUGUUAAGGAAAGAAAAAAAAACAACCACAUACAUAUCUUCCCUUUUGGGGGACUUUUCUUGUGCUCGUUUUUCUCCCCUGCCAGCAGGACAGUAUUAAGUCGCUCUAGGUGUUCCUUCUCACUCGGAAAUGUGAUUUCCCGCUUUUGAUUGUAUGGUACUGUUUUUAUUUUGAAAAGUCUUCUUUUCCAUGUGCCAUCCUCCUUGUAAGUAUUAUGUUUGAAAACCACUCGAAUAUCAACAAAGUGCAGCUGUCGACAUUCAAGAAUGUCCUAUCGUAAAAUAAAUGUUUUUCUGUUCUUUUUUAAGAA